AUGUCGACGUUAGAUAAUCCGUCGCGCUUCGAUAUUGAGAAUGUUUCAAUACCAUCACAUAUUGGAGGGAUCACUGGUCUGAUGCCCUACAAUUGUGUAGGUCGGUGGAAUUAUUCUUAUCCUGACUUGGUCGAGCUUUAUGCUAAGUUGGGCCUUCAUCGUUACAAUAUGUUUAAGGAGACAAACUACCAGCUUGAUUUCCUAGUGAAAUUCAACAUGUUACAGAAAUUUCUGCCCGUUUUCUACAUGACUUUGCUUGCACACGAUCCAGCUCUUGACCCAUUGAAGAAAACCUUCCAGGUGGAAGUUGAUGAGCAUGAAGUAAACUCUUUGAAUAUUACAUGCUCCAUUUCCAGAGUUAAAGAUGAAGUGAGCCCCAGGAGGCCUUAUGUACCACGAUUCUUUCAUCUUGAUGCCGCGGAAAAGGAGGAGGAUGGUUUGUUCAAAGGUGAUUUGCCUGAUUGGCCGUCAGAUGAUGCUUUGAAUGAUGCAAAACGGUUUUACUUGGUGAAGAAAUCAGAGUGGCAAUCCAAUGAUUGGAUUUCUAUGUAUGUGGAUGUUUUUUCCAAAUUGGAGAUUUUGGAUGUGGCCAUAGAAACUGGUAUUGAAGAUGUGGAGCCGCCCAAUGAGAGACUCAAGGCCACAAGUGCAAAUGUCUACAUCAAGUUUAAGGGGCUGGCAAAUGUUUGUUCCCCUGGAUUUGAGAGUGGUGAGCAUGUCGUAUGUAAAGCUGUAGUGAGAAGAGUCCUUGAUGUCGAUGGAAACCUGACUAUUCAAGGUAAGUUUUGUGGUGCUCCAACUAAUCUAAAGAAGCCUCUCCAAAAUGGAAAGAGGAAAAACCAGAGUUUUAAGUAG